AUGCACAGUGCACCAUAUUUUUGGAUGAAAGUUUUUUUCGAUUUUAAUUAUCUACCAAGUGAUGAACGUGUACGUAAUUAUAUUCCAUUAACUGAAAUUCUAGCAGAUUCAAUUGAAUUUGAAGAAUUAAAAAUUGAAAAUAAAAUUGGUGAAGAUCAAUUUGGUGAAGUAUUUCAUGCAAAUUGGUGUAAAGAUCAAAGAAUAAUACCGGUAGCUAUACAGAUCGAUGUCACUGAAGCUCAUUCAGAAAAAUUACCAAUUCGUUGGUUAGCACCUGAAUUAAUUGAUAAUCAAGCAGCUUAUUCAAUUAAGUCAGAUGUAUGGUCAUUUGGUAUUCUGUUAAUUGAACUUUGGCUAAAAGGUGGAGAUCCUUAUCAUAAUCAACAUAUAACAUGGAUAUCAUCUGUUGUUAGAGAUGGAUAUGUUCAUGAAAAACCACCAAAUUGUCCUGUCGAGUUCUAUGAAUCUUUGAUAUGUCAAUGUUUAAAAUUUAAAGCAAAUGAUCGACCAAGUUUUCUAGCUUUGAAACAAUUGUUAGACAAAUGGCAAUGUUAA